GCCCCUGGAAACCGCGGGUCUCGCCUCGCGGGUCCGCUCGGCAAACUUUCACUGAGCACGGCGCCCGGGACCCAAGUGUGAUGACACAGGCCCAGCUCUGGCGGAGGGCCCAGUCUCCCAAGGGAGACCUUGAGUAAACAGAAUAACCACCUCACCGGGUCGUGGGAGCGCCGAGGGGAAGGAAAGUAUGUUCCUGAAGAUGGCCUGAUAUGAAGGAGCCACGCCUCCCACCUUGGAGAGCCCCCGGAACCACCCUGUGGCUGCCUUGUCCUUCCAGCACAGAAGCCAGUCACAAUGUCGGAGAUGGAAGCCAAUGUGACCAUCCCAAUCUGGCAAAACAAGCCUCAUGGGGCUGCUCGCAGCGUCGUGCGAAGAAUUGGAACCAACCUGCCCCUGAAGCCAUGUCCCCGGACCUCCUUUGAGGCCCUACCCAACAUCUCUGACCUGUGCCUGAGGGACGUGCCCUCAGUGCCAACCCUGGCUGACAUUGCGUGGAUUGCUGCAGAUGAAGAGGAGACCUAUGCCCGGGUCAGGAGUGAUACACGUCCCUUGAGACACACCUGGAAGCCCAGCCCUCUGAUUGUCAUGCAGCGCAACGCCUCAGUGCCCAACCUGCGUGGGUCUGAGGAGAGGCUCCUGGCCCUGAAGAAGCCAGGCCUGCCAGCCUUAAGCCGCACCACAGAGCUGCAGGAUGAGCUCAGCCACCUGCGCAGUCAGAUUGCCAAGAUUGUGGCCGCUGAUGCAGCUUCGGCUUCAUUAACACCAGAUUUCUUAUCUCCAGGAAGUUCAAAUGUCUCCUCUCCCUUACCUUGUUUUGGAUCCUCAUUCCACUCUACAACUUCCUUUGUCAUUAGUGACAUCACUGAGGAGACUGAGGUAGAGGUCCCUGAGCUUCCAUCAGUCCCCCUGAUUUGUUCUGCCAGCCCUGAAUGUUGUCAAUCAGAAAACAAAGCCACCUGCAGCUUGUCGGAAGAGGAUGACUGCAUCUCUCUGUCCAAGGCCAGCAGCUUUGCAGACAUGAUGGGGAUCUUGAAAGACUUUCACCGGAUAAAACAGAGCCAAGAUCUGAGCAGGAGUUUACUGAAAGAGGAAGACCCCGCUGUCCUCAUCUCUGAGGCCCUGAGGAGGAAGUUUGCCCUGAAGGAAGAAGACAUCACAAGAAAAGGACACUGACGCUCUGCAGGCUCCACCUGCUCCUGGAUGCCCUUCAGUAGCUGCCUUCCUUGCUGCAGCUGUUUCUGCCUCUGUUAGAAAUCUUCUGCACUCUGUCUUGCCAUCCAGCAAGAGCGUGGACUUAAAGAAAGGAGCUGGGUUAUGUUUCCCACACUUCAAACCUUAGAUGCUAUGGCCUGUGUUUUGAGCUAAGACAUUUAGUCCAGGUAAUUGUGUAGACUGGAGUGUCUCCGUUUUAAGUGUGAGAUAGAAGUUUGUGGUUUUAUUCUUGCUCCUGUGUGAAAAUAGGUCCUAAAUGAAUGACUGCCUUUAUUAUAUUAGACCCCAUAACUGGUCUCAUGGACAUUUUGUGCCCAGCUGUUACUUGCUCUCAGCUGCUUCCUUAUAGCAGAGCAGGGCUGAGGGGAGGAGGCUGUAAAUGUUUAUGUACAUGUCCACAGGGCACGGGAAAUCUUAUGCUGCUCCAUCAUAAACCCAUACCAAUGCCCGGCAGUCACCCUAUCCCCUUCCCUGGGUCAAACACCUAGAUGGAGGUGUCAGGCUGCAGGACCAGUUGACACUUGGCUGCUGCUGGGAGGCCUGGGCUGUUUUUUUCUUACACAUAUUUUGUAAUACUGUACAACCAAAUCUACCCUCCAAGGCCCAGGGGUCUCAUCAGCUCCACUGACUGAAAACUCUUUCUCUUCCACGGACUUUGUCUAAGCCCAGUAGGAAAGAAGAAUGGAGAGGGAACAGAGCACACCACCCUUCGAGGCCUUGACUGCUCCUUUGGGCUGGGCCGAGGUUUGUACCUACCACGCACCACUGCAUGACUCUCACGCCCUCAGGUCCCUUUCUCUGAGGAAUAUAUACUGUGUGUUUGAGUUGAAGCACUACCUGACAUUAAAGGAAGAAUUUGGAAAGAUA